AUGCCUGCGGAACGUCGCUGGGAUCAACGGGAGUACCAUAUCAUCGAGUCUGCCUCUCAAAAUAAUAAUGCCCGUACUGUUAUUAUUGAAACGACCACCCCCGGCACCUCCGUUCCUCCUCACUACCACAGCCGCUUCUCUGAGACGUUCGAGCUCAUCAAUGGCUCCGUAUCCGUCCAUACUGGACCAGCUGACACCUCCGAACUUGCCUUCAAGUCGACUCUCACGCCACUGGAGCCAGGAAAGCCUCUGACCGUACCACUAGGCUGGUACCAUCAGUUCGUAGUAGGGAAUGAGACCAGUACGUUCAAAUGUACCCUAGAGCCAGGAGAUAUUGGGUUCGAGAAUAUGUUGAAGGUAUUUGAUGGGUUAAAGAGAGAUGGGGAGUUGGACAAGCUUGAGGAGGAUGAUGUUUUUCUAGCGCUGUUAAUGGACUUGACGGAACGCGCGCCCCCUCUGGAUGGUUGGUGA